CGCGAUUCAGAAACCGGUGGAGGAGCUGCGAGGAAGGCGGCCGCCAUGGAUCCAGCAGGAGCAUCGGUGGCCAACGACAUCGGAGAAGGAGAGAAAUUCGCGGUGGGGAAUAUUUAUUCGGUCAAGGUGAUCACCGGAGAUGAGUUCCGAGGGAUCGUCAUGGCUUACGAUCCCAUUUACAACUUCGUCUUUUUUGAAGAGGGUUCGAAACCUAGAGCUGGGCAUUCGAAGAAUACUAGGAUGGUGAAUGCGAAUUUCAUAACCGGGCUUUCUUUUUUGGGUAAAACUGAAGAUCCGCUUGUUUCAGACAAGUGUUCGGUUAAUAUCGACGGACUCCGAGCUAAAGAGGCACUUGCGAUCAGGCAAGCGGAAGCUGAAGCUGAGAGAAUGGGAGUUGGUGUUACCGCAGAGGCGCAGAGCAUCUUCGACGCAUUGUCUAAGACGCUUCCUGUACAAUGGGAAAACUCAGACAUUUUGGUGAUGAAAGAAGUACGAGUUCGUAGCCCGUAUCUUUCCGAUUGUGUCUUUGGAGGAACUGAUGCUGCCAACAACCGAGUCAAGAAAGUGCUUGAGCUGGAGAGACGAAGGUUGCAACUCUUUGGCACAUGAGGCCAGUGAAAAUAGUCGGUCAGCUAGAUCGCGAAAAAGGGUCAUGUUAACUCUAACCCGAAAAAGCGUCUAGAAAUCUGAUCGACCAGCGAGAAGUGGGCAUGUUCAUCGCUUUCGCUUGUUGUUGUCUUUACUUAGAAUCUGCUUUUCUUUAUAAGCAGAUUAGAGAUUUAUUUCACCCUGUUAUUGACAAGAACAGUGACUUCUUGUCCUCUUUUUUACCAGGCCUUCCGCUAAUUUAUAGCCAUGAUAAUUUCUUUUUCGAUGCAUAUUUGUGUGAUUGGUAUUGAAUGGGAUUGGAUUGAUGGGU